AUUGUCCUCUCAGAUCACAGUGUGCGUGCGCGCGCGUGUGUGUGUGAGUGAGUGAGUGUGUGUGUGUGAGGAGGACGCUGCACGCAUCUUCUCACUGCAGCACUGCUGAUGUUCCUGCUCUGAGGAAUAAAGGGAUUCCCUGUUCACUGGGAUGUGUGUGUGUGUGUGUGUUUGGAAGAGGGAUUUAACGCUCCUGACGGACACUAAUGGAACCGGACCUGAACACCGCUGUCGGAUCGCGCGCGUCGAGGGGGCGUUUUGUGUGAAGAGCAGCGCGUGAGCGCGUGUGUGUGUGUGUGUGUGUUUGAAAGUCAGCUAUGCGGUCGGAGCGCAUGAGUCGUGUGUGUAUCGUGGUUCUGGAGGAGGUUGAAGAUGACGAACCUUCCUCUCUGCAUUCCAAAGCCACUCCGGACCACAUUUCCCAGAAUUCCUCUCAGGACGAAAAGCCCUCUCUGAUUAAAGCCAUCUUUAACGUGGACGCAGAUGAAGUUCGCUCUCUCAUAUUCAAGAAAGAAGAUGUCAAUGUACAGGACAGUGAGAAGAGGACGCCGCUUCACGCCGCUGCGUAUCUGGGCGACGCGGAGAUCAUCGAGCUGCUCAUCCUGUCAGGGGCGAGAGUAAACGCCAAAGAUAAUAAAUGGCUCACUCCUCUUCAUCGUGCCGUGGCUUCCUGUAGCGAGGAGGCCGUCCAGGUGUUGUUGAAACACUCUGCCGACGUCAACGCGCGGGAUAAGAACUGGCAGACGCCGCUGCACGUGUCCGCGGCCCAUAAAGCAGUGCGCUGCGCCGAGGCUUUAGUGCCAUUGUUGAGCAACGUCAACCUGGCGGACCGUGCCGGACGUACGCCUCUACAUCACGCGGCCUUCAGCGGACACCUGGAGAUGGUUCAGUUGCUUGUGUCCAGAGGUGCAAACAUCAACGCUUUUGAUAAGAAGGACAGACGAGCUGUUCACUGGGCCGCAUACAUGGGUCACUUAGAGGUGAUGAAGUUCCUGGUGUCACAUGGUGCUGAGCUUUGCUGUAAGGAUAAGAAAUCGUACACUCCGCUUCACGCCGCUGCCUCCAGUGGAAUGAUCAACGUGGUCAAAUACCUGCUGAAUCUGGGCGUCGAUAUCAACGAGCCGAACGCGUAUGGAAACAGUCCUCUGCACUUGGCCUGUUUUAACGGGCAGGACGUGGUGGUGAAUGAGCUGAUAGAAGCAGGCGCUGACGUGAACCAGGCGAACGAGAGGGGUUUCUCUCCGCUGCACUUCACCUCGGCCUCCCGCCAGGGGGCGCUGUGUCUGGAGCUGCUCGUGGCCAACGGGGCCAACGUCAACCGCAAGGUCAGGCACCUCUCUGAAUGGUUCACACAGAACAGGUCAGUGGGACAGAAAAAAGAAUAAGGUCUAGGCUAGAGUGUAAAAGUCAAACACGUCUGUCUAUUGCGUGUUAAAUAAAGGAA